UGUUCGCGUUCAGUUUGGCGGCAAAACGCGACGGUGACAGUAUACUUUUUUUUUAUUACAAACUUUUUUUUACGUUUCGGUGAGUUUUUGAAAAUGACUGAAUGAAAGCUUUUUCGUGAGUGCAAUUUAUAGACAUAGAAAAUGGAGUGUAGAUUGGCAAUAAGUUUGUUCCUGGUUUCCUUGGCGACCGGCUCCGUCAUCAUCCCUGAGGAGUUACCGUCGCUGCUGUCGGUGGCGUACUCCAACAUACCACCAAUAAAGAAAGGGACGGACUCUCGGAUUGGUUUCGGCUUCGCGUUCGGGAACCAUGCUGAUUUCCAGGUCAUGCUCGAGCUGGGGCCUCAGAGCAACACCAUGCCACUCAACGGCCAGCCGUUUCCCAAGAACAAUCCGAGUCCCAGCAGCAACGCCAAGAGACAGGCCCCGGCUCUCCCAGGAGACUCCAAGAUUCAACAGAAUAUCGACGAACCGAGGAAUUACCUCCAGAACUGGGCUCAGAAGAUGAGGAAUCCUCAAAAAGCAAAGAAGCCGGUCCAAAAACCUGGUGAGGUCGGCAACCUCGAGGAUUCCAUGGUGGAGCUGGUGAAGAACAGCAACGGCGAAUACGAAAUACGGCAGCCGAGGCCGGGGGACAUGCCGCAUCACGUCCUGAACAACCUGAAGAAGUUAUACGGACAGAAGAAGGAAGAAGCCAAGAAGAUGACGGAGAAGAAAAGGAGCGAGGAACAAGUGAAGAAGAUAACAGAGGAGCUGUCCGACGUGGAGCUUGAAUAAAUAAAUAUAUGACGACGAG